CUAUUUGGGGACACAACGCAAGGGCUUAACGUUGCCGCUUUUGCAGCGAAGGUAGAGAGAUGGGGAAGAAAGCAAAGAGAUCAAGGAAAGGGAAGAAGGCAUGGAGAGCCAACAUAAGUACGGAGGAUAUUGAAGAUUUCCUUGACAAUUCCACAAAGGAUGCUCUUUCCGGCGGUUCACUCGCUCAAGUUCCUAGCGAUUCUUUCUUUUACGUUGACAAAUCCAGAGAUCUUUCUGUCAAACGGAAAAUUGAAAAACACCGGGAGAAAGUACUUCGAUGUGAUAGUAUGCUACAGAGCAAUACCUUUGUUGAACCUGUACCUUCUUCAACUGGGAAAAAGUUCAAGAAGAAAAGUAAAGUUCAGAUAGCUAAAGAUACUGCUCAACAGGGUCAAAAGGAUUCGGCUGGUGGAGACUCUGGCAUGGUUGACAUUUGGGAUGAUAAAGGUGAACUGGUCAUCAAAACCAAAAAGAAGCCCAAGACUUCUGUUAUACCUGCCGUGGAAGUUGAGCCUCCAGGAUGCUCAUUCAAUCCGCCAUCUGAAAGUCAUCAGGAUGCAUUAGCUUGUGCUGUUGCAGAUGAAAUGCAGAAAAUUUAUCGAAAUGAAUUGGGGCCGGAGCCUAUUCCAUUGAUUGUUCCUGGAGAAGCAGUUAAUGAAGAAGAUAUGUAUUUCCUUGAAGCGGAUAGUGGCAGUGACACGGAGAAUGAAAAACAAGUGGAAGGCGGAAACACAGAUCUGGAGAAAAGGCCUCAAAAGCCCAAAAUGGUGACACAAGUUGAGAAGAAUCGACGGGCUAGACGCAAAGAACAGUUGAAAGCACAAGCUGAAUCAACAAAAGCAGCACAGCUCUCCAAAGAAAUUGAUAGCUUACCGGAUAUAAUUCAAGAAAUAGAGAGAGAGGAAGGAGAACAACAGAAAAGACAUCUACGUCGUGUAACUGCUAAAAAAGAAAGACUAAAAUGUUGUCCGCCACGCUUGGGAAAGCGCAAAUUCCAGCCUGCUCCUGCUCAGGUCUUAUUGUCUGAAGAGAUUACUGGUUCCCUCCGUAAAUUGAAGGGAUGCUGCACCCUUGCAAGAGAUCGAUUUAAAAGCCUGGAGAAAAGGGGACUAGUUGUUCCUUCAAAAAAGAGUAGCAGGAAAUAGAGUUAGUUCAUCAGAGUUAAUUGUGGAAUAACAUGGCUAAAAUGUUAUCAUCACUGCUUUGAGAUAACUCCUGAUCACUUGGAUGAUUCUUGGUUUAUGUCAAGCCGAUUAGAUACUCAAGAUCUUUCUCUACUAAUGCAAAUUUGGAAUGGGAGAGCUGGCUGCUGCUCUUACUGUUUGCUAGCAAUAUGUAAAUCUGUUCAUCUCUAGUGAUGGCAUGGUUCAUUACACCAAAUAUUUUAUUGUCACGGUCAACAUUUGCUUUGGGAGCAAAAGCUAGUAGUUUGAAGACGAUUGCUGUUUUUAUUGAUCACUUAAUGAGCAAAAAAAUAAUAAUACUGAUAUAUCCGGAGGCAGAAGAUUGGUGUUUCAUGACUUUAUCAUUACUAAAUUUGGCAGUGUAUAGAUUUUAUUGGGUUAAAUUUAUAUU